UGCGUGCUAGUACUAAUAUGACCCACGCGACCUUCACCUUGAUAGAGCUGAAGACUACCCAAGGUUUGACUUGUGUUUUAGGACCAACAUUCUAAGAUUUGUGUUAACCUGAUAACGUCGUGUGCCUCUAAAUUCGAGAUAAAAAUUACUUAAUGAGUUGAUUGAAGAAAAAAAAACGCAAACAGAAGCACAGACAAAAACAAAGCCAGAACUUUAGCCUACCAAACUUUGUCUGAUAACGGAUUGUAUGGCUAAAGAGACGGGUUUUUUCCCAUUGAAAGCUACGAGAAAGAUGUCGGAUUUGACCGUGGAAGAAGCUACCAGCAAAGCUACCAGAAAAAUGUCGGAUUUGACUGUGGAAGACGCGACCAGCAAGGAUGAAGUUGACAAGAAAACUGUUCUCAUUGCCAUGGAUGGAAGUGACCACUCGUUUUAUGCCUUCGAUUGGUUCAUGACCAAUGUGUACAAACACGGCCUGAAGAUCCUGGUCGCUCACUGUCCCGACUACAAAAACGUUCUACAUGCACCCGUGCUGAGCAUGGACACGAACCUUGUGUCGAGGAUGAUCCAACAGGGCGAGGAGGAGAUCAACAAACUCAUGGCGAGGAUCCAGGAGCGGCUGGCCAGUGUCAAGCCAGUAGAAGUCAAGCUGGUUCGUCUGACCGGGGGUGACGCGGGGUCGGCAAUCGUCAGGGCGGCGGAUGAACACAAGGUCGACUUUAUCGUGACUGGGUCACGUGGUCUGGGGUCAGUGCGACGAACCAUCAUCGGCUCGGUGUCCACCUACGUGCUCCACCACGCCCACUGUCCAGUGCUCAUCUGUCCGAAGAAAACGUGAGCCGUAGUCAGCUCAAUACUUGGGGAUUUUGUUUGUUACAUUGUCAGAAUUGUGAUGUUUGACUGAGUGUUCAGAUUGUGUUGAAAUUGAUUCAGUGUUGAGAUUGGUUGAUUCAGUGUUGAGGUUGGUUGAUUCAGUGUUGGGAUUGGUUGAUUCAGUGUUGAGAUUGCUUGAUUCAGUGUUGAGAUUGCUUGAUUCAGUGUUGAGAUUGCUUGAUUCAGUGUUGAGAUUGCUUGAUUCAGUGUUGAGAUUGCUUGAUUCAGUGUUGAGAUUGCUUGAUUCAGUGUUGAGAUUGCUUGAUUCAGUGUUGAGAUUGCUUGAUUCAGUGUUGAGAUUGCUUGAUUCAGUGUUGAGGUUGGUUGAUUCAGUGUUGAGGUUGGUUGAUUCAUUGUUGAGGUUGGUUGAUUCAUUGUUGAGGUUGCUUGAUUCAGUGUUGAGGUUGCUUGAUUCAGUGUUGAGGUUGGUUGAUUCAGUGUUGAGGUUGCUUGAUUCAGUGUUGAGGUUGGUUGAUUCAGUGUUGAGGUUGCUUGAUUCAGUGUUGAGGUUGGUUGAUUCAGUGUUGAGGUUGGUUGAUUCAGUGUUGGAAUUUUAUUGUAUUGAGAUUGUUCGACACCAUUAAAUUCUUUCAAUAAAAUUUUAUAUUUGUGAA